UUGCACUAGAAGAAGGGAAUAACUCUUGCAUGACACACAUUAUUAAAUGUAAAGGCACAACAACUCACAUAUUGUCAAGCCAAUCAAGAGAACAGGUUGGGACUAACAGAAGAUGUGAGGAAGAGGAUGAAAGGUGGGGGUGCAUGGGAGUAGGCUUCAAUCAUUUAGUGCUUAAAUCUUCUGCACAUGUGUGGCAUAGCAGAGGAUAUAGCAUCACACAAUGCAAGCUGCUGUUGAGGCGUUGGGAGGGGUCCCUGGCAUAGACCCCUGCUUCCCUCAGAGGCAGGUCACAGAGGACAGAUGAUGCCGCCUCUAUAAAGACAUGAACUCAACCUACAAAGGUGCGCACUCUGGCAAAAAUAUAAAUUAGAAGAGGAGGGUACCGCUUCCUGAAGGUAUGUUUCACAUUUUCUGAAAUUUGACAUUUCAACUAAUAAUUUUCAUUCCACUUACUGAGAUGGCUAAAGAACAACACAAUGUGUGUUUUGCGUUGAAAAACAAAACUGAUAGUGUUAGAAACUACUUUCCAUACUUGUUCUGAACUUCAGCACAUUGUAAUUUCUUUAGAAAACGCUGCAUUAGCUCUGGUUGCCACAUCUGAUAAUAGAGGAAAUAAUCUGGUGGACACAAAAAUAUAUAUAUAUAUAUGUACAUAUAUACACCAAUGAGUGUUGCUGUCUAGUUGUCGACUCUAUGCGUUUACUUUUAUCUCUUAUUCCCAAAAUGUGCAGGAGAUUUUCAGCAUUUCUAUGAAGAAGUUUAUCACUUUCUGAUGUUCUCAUCUCUCAGCACUGUUCAGAAGACAUGGAAGAAUUGUUAUCAGCCAGCCAACCUUUUCUACCAAAGAAUUCGGAAAGCAGAAGGAAAGAAAUCAUGAGUCAUGAUGAGAAACUGCAGAGCAAGGAAGAAAUGACUGAUCUGGCUUUAACAGACCAAGAUAUGAUGACAAGAGAGGGUCUGGACAGGAGGAAUGUCUGGGAGCCGAGCGUUUACUAUCCCCUGGGAAAGGAGUCCUUUCAUUUUGUUGGUCAUGAAGUCAACAUCCGGGAGUCUACGGACUCAUACGGAGCUCUGAUUUGGCCCGGGGCAAUAGCUCUCUGUCAGUUCUUAGAAAACAACCAGCAACAAAUGAACCUGAUGGACAAAGCAGUGCUAGAGCUCGGAGCUGGAACUGGCUUACUCUCCAUAGUGGCAAGUUUGUUAGGUGCCUGGGUGACGGCUACUGAUCUGCCUGACAUCUUGUCUAAUCUGUCCUUCAACCUUCGCCGGAAUACCAAGGGGCGUUCACGCUACAUCCCUCAGGUGGCUGCCCUCUCCUGGGGCCAGGAGCUGGAGCGAGACUUCCCCUUCCCGUCCUACCGCUACGAUUAUGUGCUUGCAGCUGAUGUGGUGUAUCACCACGACUUCCUUGAGGAACUGCUGAACACUAUGCUUCACUUCUGCAGACCAGGGAGUGGGACAACCCUGCUUUGGGCGAACAAAAUUAGGUUCCCGUCAGACCUGAGGUUCGCAGAGUGCUUCAAGAGCCGUUUCAACACAACACUGCUUGUUGAGGCACCGCAGGAGAAUGUGUGGAUAUACAAGGCCACAGCAAAGGAGUGAACAAACGAGAUGUAAAAGCCGGAAACUACCUUAAGAACUUCCUAAAUUUGUUUGUCUUUUGUUGAUUUAAAUCAAUGCAGGGAAACGUUUGGCUUGUUCCCUUAUCACACGGUUCGUAUUUUCCAGUAAUAUCACAUGAAAUGAAAUCACUGUAAUACUUUCCAAGUACCCUUUCAGUUUUGAUGUGGACCUGUAUGACAUUCCUUGACUGGAGUCUAAACACCAUGCAAAGUUCCUGACACAAGAUUUCAUAUGAAUAAACUAUUUUUAUUUUAAUCUUUUUAAACAUUUUCUACUUCUGAACAAUAUAUAUUUUUAGAAAUAAUUAGUUUCCUAUUAUUUACCUCAGAAAAACCGACCCAACACAGUGCUUCAUUCACAGUUAUUCAUUAUAAGUGACAAUAGUUGAUCAAUAAAUAAAUGUUUAGGAAAUAUUUAAAAACAAGCGUGAAUGUUUGAGCUUUUUGGGCCUUGUAGAGUGGAAUAAAAUCAGUUUUAUAACUUAUAAAGAAGAAAAAAACACUUUCACAUAAAUGGCAUAUGCUCUAUAGCAGCAUGUUGACAAAAAAAAGCUUUUGAAAUGUUCAGAAAAUUACUGACAGCAC